GCUACAUUUCACCGGAAAGACUCGCACUUUUCUUUUCUCCGAUGCGAAUUUUCCCGCCAAAUCUAUGAAGCCCCGGCGCCAAUUAUCUACCUAGCCGCUAUGACCGCUCCUCUGACCUCCACGUCAUCACUCUCCCUCCUCGUCAUCAUCGUCGCCGUCGCCUUCGCUCUCCUCCAUUUCAAGCCUCACCGUAAUCCCCCAACCCUAACCCUAGAUCGUCACCGGAACAACUACGUCGUCCGAUUCGUGGAGUACAGGAGGUGGGAGGAUCACCGGGAGUAUCUGAAAUCGGGCGUCCCGGCGGAGGGAUGGGACUGGAUCGAGAGGAACAAUCCGGCGAAGGAUUACCCGACGGAUUUCGGAGUGGUGUGGAUUGAAGAAGGAGUGAGGGAGCUGGUGAUCGGAGAGAUUGGGAAACUGGGGAGGGUAAAGGAUGUGAAUGCUGACGUCAGGUACGGGAGGGGUUUGCUGAGUGAGGAGAAGAGAGAGAAGGUUGGGGCGUUUGUGGAUGGGGAGAAGCGGCCGGGGAAGAUUUUGACGGCGAUGUCGUUUAGUGAAGACGGUGGGGGAAGUAAUGGCUCUGUGAGCUGGAAGAGGGAGCUCUUGGCUGAGAGAUCUCAAAUAACUUCAUUGUUUGGAGCGGAGUCUCUUUGGACCAAAGGGUAUACCGGUGCAAAAGUGAAAAUGGCCAUAUUUGACACUGGUAUUCGAGCGAAUCACCCACACUUUCGAAAUAUUAAGGAGCGGACAAACUGGACAAAUGAGGAUACAUUAAACGAUAAUCUUGGACAUGGGACAUUUGUUGCUGGUGUUAUUGCUGGUGUAGAUGCAGAGUGUCUUGGAUUUGCUCCUGAUACAGAGAUAUAUGCCUUUCGUGUGUUUACAGAUGCACAGGUAUCGUACACAUCAUGGUUCCUUGAUGCAUUCAACUAUGCCAUUGCGACCAAUAUGGAUGUUCUGAACUUGAGCAUAGGUGGACCUGAUUACUUGGACCUCCCAUUUGUGGAGAAGGUCUGGGAAAUAACAGCAAACAACAUUAUUAUGGUUUCAGCAAUUGGAAAUGAUGGACCACUUUAUGGGACUUUAAAUAAUCCAGCAGACCAAAGUGAUGUUAUUGGUGUUGGUGGCAUUGACUACAGUGAUCACAUUGCUUCUUUUUCGUCACGAGGCAUGAGUACUUGGGAGAUGCCUCAUGGGUACGGCCGUGUUAAGCCAGAUGUCGUUGCAUAUGGACGGGACAUUAUGGGAUCCAAGAUCAGUACCGGCUGUAAAAGCUUAUCUGGCACUAGUGUGGCAAGUCCUGUGGUUGCUGGUAUGGUAUGUCUGCUUGUGAGUGUUAUCCCUGAAAGCAGUAGGAAAGAUACUUUAAACCCAGCAAGCAUGAAACAAGCAUUGGUAGAAGGUGCUGCAAAACUUGGUGGUCCUAAUAUGUAUGAACAGGGUGCAGGGAGGGUUGAUCUGUUAGAAUCAUACGAAAUCUUGAAGAAUUACAAACCUCAUGCCAGCAUCUUCCCUAAUAUUCUUGAUUAUACAGACUGCCCCUACUCUUGGCCCUUCUGUCGUCAGCCACUUUAUGCAGGUGCCAUGCCUGUUAUCUUCAAUGCUACCAUUCUAAAUGGAAUGGGUGUAAUUGGCUAUGUUAAAAGUCCACCAACCUGGCAGCCUUCAGAUGAAGUAGGGAAUCUUCUAAGCAUUCACUUUACUUAUUCUAAGGUUAUCUGGCCAUGGACUGGUUAUUUAGCGCUUCACAUGCAAAUUAAGGAAGAAGGGGCAAAGUUUUCAGGAGAGAUUAGCGGCAAUGUUAGUCUUAGGGUAUACAGUCCUCCAUCUCCAGGAGAAAAGAAUCUUCGGAUUAGCACUUGUGUGCUUCAGUUAAAGUUGAAGAUUGUCCCAACUCCACAAAGAUCAAAACGAAUUUUGUGGGACCAGUUUCAUAGUAUCAAAUACCCUCCAGGUUAUAUCCCUAGAGACUCUCUGGAUGUUCGUAAUGACAUUCUUGACUGGCAUGGAGAUCACCUGCAUACAAAUUUUCACAUUAUGUUCAACAUGUUACGAGAUGCUGGGUAUUAUGUAGAAACACUUGGUUCCCCUCUUACUUGCUUUGAUGCUCUUCGAUAUGGGACCCUUCUUCUGGUAGAUCUUGAAGAAGAGUACUUUCAGGAGGAGAUUGAGAAGCUGCGAGAUGAUGUUCUUAAUUCUGGACUGGGAUUGGUUGUGUUUUCUGAGUGGUACAAUGUGGACACGAUGGUGAAGAUGAGAUUCUUUGAUGAUAACACACGGAGCUGGUGGACUCCAGUCACUGGAGGUGCAAAUGUUCCAGCGUUAAAUGACUUGCUGGCUCCAUUUGGGAUUGCAUUUGGAGAUAAGAUUCUGAAUGGUGAUUUUUCUAUCAAUGGAGAGCAAAGUCGGUAUGCAUCUGGAACAGAUAUUGUGAGGUUUCCAAAAGGAGGUUAUGUACACAAGUUCCCUUUCCUAGAUAGCUCUGAAAGUGGGGCCACUCAGAAUGUACUUCGGGAUCCUGAGAUGACAAUGGCAGAUUCUCCCAUUCUUGGUCUUGUUCAGCUUGGUGAAGGUCGUGUUGUAGUCUAUGGAGAUUCUAACUGUUUGGACAGCAGUCAUAUGGUAACUAAUUGUUAUUGGCUCUUGAAGAAAAUGUUAGAUUUCACUGGCGGAAACAUCAGAGAUCCUGUGCUUUUUUCAAGCUCGGUGCAACAAAAUUCACCUUUAUAUAUGGAAGACAAUCAAUUACCAUCCCGUAGAACAGACGUGAAUUUUUCUACAUAUUCUGCUGUAAUGGGGAAGGAGUUGAUAUGUGGGAGUGACUCUGCAUUUGAGAUAUGGGGAACGAAAGGUUACAGGUUACAGGUGAGAGGAACAAACAGAAGAUUGCCAGGCUCUUCUCAGACUAAUCCAGGUGAAGUGUUAAAUUCGACUGUCGAGGAUUCCCGUCUGAAGCGUAGUGAGUUGACACUGGAGAAUAGAACUGAUUCUGUGGGAAAUGGAUACUUGGGCCUGUUCUAUGGAAAUGAGCUUGAUAUGCCUGUGUUAGUUGCAAGUCAUUGGCUUGUUCCUGCUGUACUUGCUUUUACUGGUAUAGUAGUAUUUUUGAGCUUCUGGAGAAUUAGACUGAGGCGUCGGCGACGAAGAAAAGGAUCUAGUGCUGGUAGAUAUUCUAAUAUAUAGUCUUGGAAGCCUCAUAUUUUGUAAUAGCAUUGCUCCUCAUACUGUUACACUACCACAAUUUUUCUUGUAACAUCAAUUUACUGAUUCAGUGUUAAUGUCA